AUCAACAUGAAAAUGGGAAACUAAAGUGUCAUCUCAGAGUUCCUCCUCCUGGGUCUGCCUAUUGAGCCAGGGCUGCGGGACCAGUUCUAUGCCCUGUUCCUGCUCAUGUAUGUUACCACCGUCGUGGGGAACCUGCUCAUCAUCAUCCUCAUUCUCCUGGACUCCCGCCUCCACACACCCAUGUAUUUGUUUCUCAGUAACUUGUCCUUCUCUGACCUCUGCUUCUCCUCUGUCACAAUGCCCAAACUGCUGCAGAACAUGCAGAGCCAGGUCCCGUCCGUCCCCUAUGCCAGCUGCCUGGCCCAGAUGUACUUCUUCUUGCUUUUUGCAGACUUGGAGAGCUUCCUCCUGGUGGCCAUGGCCUAUGACCGCUAUGUGGCCCUUUGCUUUCCCCUGCACUACACCACCAUCAUGAGCCCCAAGCUCUGUCUCUCCCUGGUGGUGCUGUCCUGGGUGCUAACCACUUUUAUCUCUUUAUUGCACACGCUACUCAUGGCUCGGCUGUCCUUCUGUGCUGAUAAUGUGAUUCCUCACUUUUUCUGUGACAUGUCAGCUCUGCUAAAGUUGGCCUGCUCUGACAUUCAAAUAAAUGAAAUGGUGAUAUUUAUUUUGGGAGGGCUUGUCAUUAUUGUUCCAUUCCUGUUGAUCUUUUUAUCCUAUGCACGGAUUGUGUCCUCCAUCCUCAGGGUCCCUUCUGCCGGGGGCAUCCGCAAGGCCUUCUCCACCUGUGGCUCCCACCUCUCCGUGGUGUCUCUCUUCUACGGGACAAUCAUUGGCCUCUACUUGUGCCCUUCAGACAACAAUUCUACUGUUAAGGAGACUGUCAUGGCCGUGAUGUACACUGUGGUCACCCCUAUGCUGAAUCCCUUCAUCUACAGCCUGAGGAAUCGGGACAUAAAGGGAGCCUUAGGAAGAGUAUUUUCCAAAUGGACGAUUCAGCUUUCUCUGGGACAGGGACUCUAAAGACUAAUGUAUGUUUUCAAACAGUAGGCAUAAUAUUGACAAUGAGUAGUAUUCCGUAAAGUCUAGUAAGCACCAA